CGUGACGCCAUGACGCAUCGUUCCCAAACAAUUCUGAGGAAAAGCCACGUUGACGACUCCAGACUGGAGUUCCGUGCUGAAUUUGGGCCAGAAUCAAGCGAGAAGAAGCCAGCGCACACCCUGACGGCGACACACUUUGCAGCCUGAAGUAUGUCGUCUCCACCGAAAGAGAAGGUCGAAACCAGGGGUGGACAUCCUCCUGCAGUGAAGGCCGGGGGGAUGAGGAUCGUGCAGAAGCACCAGCCGACUGCUGUUCCGGAACCUCCGCCAAAAGAUGACGAUGAGGAGGAGUAUGUGAGCAGUAGCCCACCCAAGGCCCCGUUGAUUGUGUCCGGAGUGGUUACCAAGGGCGAUAAGGACUUCACCCCGGCUGCUGCCCAGGUGGCGCACCAGAAGCCCCAGCCUGGCAUCCCCAAGCUGCCCCCCUCUCAGCACAUCAACCAGCACAUUCACCAGCCCCGUAAGUGAGUAAGUGCUACACUGUGGCCAUGCUAACUCCACCAGUCGGCCUUCCCAACUGAACACAAUUUCCCGCAAGUUAUGGAUGUCCUCUGAUUGAUUGGUCUUUUUUUUUUUUUUUUUUUUUUUGUCUGUUGUGAAAUUGUCUGCAACAGAGGCCUAAUACUAUUCUGGCUAUUGUUUAAACCCCAGUCCUGAAACCUGCCCUGCAUUGGUGCUGCACUGAUAGUGGUGCACUUUUGUCUCCUCUUUCCUUCUUUUUGAAAGUCGUAAUUGAUAUCUGUAUGUCUAUUCUUUAAUCGAUCGAACGGUCAACACAAUAGCAGUUGAUGAAGUGAGACCACAAAACUUACCAAUUAAAAAGACAAAAGGCUUUGUACAUACUUAACAGGCCAAAAGACCCUAACCGCAAAUUAUAGAGGUCAUCUGUUUUUGGUAACUCCCCCCUCCCCGCCUCCGCCACCAAAAAAAAAAACCCCAAAAAACAAUGAAAACAAUCUGAUUGAAAACAUGUUUUCAUAGUCAGGCGGUUGUUGCAUUGCAUGUGGGCCACAAAAAGGAGAAACUGCAUUCUAACCAAUAAACAUUCCAGCAGUGCAACCACUAAUUGGUCAGUCUUAAUGAAGGGAAGAAUCCUUUGAACUGAAUGGCUCAUUCGUCGGUGCCCUCAAAUAUCGCGUCAACGACUUAGUUAGCUGCUUGAUGUGAGCCACCAAGGUGUAUUAUAAAGUGUAACAUAGCAAAUCUUAAUGCAGUUGACUAUUUAGCUUUUGCAUCCUCCUCAUCGCUGCACUGUUAAUGUGGUCUGCACACACAACCUGCUUUAAACAAAGAUAAUCCCGGAGUGCCUGUUGACAUCCUGCACUGUACUGUUUUAUGUUUCAUCUAUUUCAGCAGCUAAUCAAGCCAAAUCCUUUGCAAGUUGUGUACCUUAUAUCGGAAGCAACAGAGAUGUAUGAUGUUUUUUUGUUUGUUUGUUUUUUGGGAGGGGGCUUUCAUUCAAACGUUAACAAACCCAAGAGUCUGAGUAGAUAACAAGCCAAACAAAAAAGCCCUGUCGCCAAAAAACAUCAAAUAUGUAAAUUGGAAGGAGAAAGGUGUAAAAAAAAAAUACUUCACCAUUCCAUCUUUUUGGUUGUGGUUAACGGUGUUCUGUUCCACACAAGCCUUCUGUAUUUCCAACAUAUCAAGACACACAAAUCACCGUCACUGCUGUGUUGCAGCAGUAAGAAGUACAAAUCAUUUCCUUUUAAUUUAAGAUGAAGAAUUUUAUUGUUGCUGUCUUUCACAUUUCUCUUGCAUUAAAUCUUCCACUGUUUCAA